AUGAACCGGGGCGGCGAGGCGCGCAGAUUUCUGCCGCGACACGCGCCAACGGGCUUCACGGGCGGCGUAAUGCGCUUGAGCUUUUCACCGCCCGAGUUGGCUUGCAACGCCCCAUUACAGCCUCACGUUACAGCCCCACGUGCGGUGGUCUCUGCCCGCGUUGCCCGCGUUGCCCGCGUUGCCCGGGUGGCUAGUUCGGACCUGUUCGGACUCGGACAUCGUUGUCGGUUCGGUUGA